AUGGAGCCCUCUUUGAGCAAGAGGAAUUCGGCGAUAAGAUUAGCGGAUUUGGCAGCGACUCAACCCCUUCCUCAUCAGAAUAUGACAGGCUUCCCGGGGAUAGGGGGGCAUCACCCUCACUCCCACCAUGCCCACCUCCACCCUGGGGAGAUGGGCAACGACCCUGGAGUGGCUCUCACUCCAUUUGGACCCGAGCACAUGGCACAGACAAAUGCUCUCAAACUUAGUCCAUCGCAGCACAUUCAAAGCCAUCCCGAAGCCCAGACCGCGGCAUCUUUCCCGUCUUCUCAGACCACAGUUGGUUUCCCCGUGGCUCACCCCCACUCGGGCUACGCAAGCAGCAGGGACUUCAUCCUCAGGAGAGAGCUCUCAGCCUCUGCUAUGCAUGCACUUGGCGACCAGCAUAGUUCCGCCUCCUCCCCUCAUCACCAUGGCAUGUUCAUUUCCCCAACAGGUGCUUACGGGCACACGGAAGGUGGUGCCCAUCCACUUUUCACGGGACUUCACGAGCAGACAGCCCCAGGUGCCCAUCACCAUGCUCUCAAUGGACAGAUGCGCCUGGGUCUUCCAGGGGACAUCUACGGCCGGCCAGAACACUUCGGCCACAGGCCCGAGCACUAUGGACCUUCCCUUCACGGCUACAAUUCCAUGAACUUAAAUGUGAACCUCGCUUCAGCCCCUCAUGGAGCCACGGGGGCGUUUUUGAGGUACAUGAGGCAGCCCAUCAAACAAGAGCUGAUCUGCAAAUGGAUUGACCAGGAACAAACGUCAAAGAAGCCGUGCUCGAAAACUUUCAGCACGAUGCACGAGCUGGUAAACCACGUCACGGUGGAGCACGUCGGCGGACCCGAGCAGAGCAACCACGUCUGCUUCUGGGAGGAAUGUCCACGCGAGGGCAAGGCGUUUAAGGCAAAGUACAAACUGAUCAACCACAUCCGAGUUCACACGGGAGAGAAACCGUUUCCUUGCCCUUUUCCUGGUUGUGGAAAAGUGUUUGCCCGCUCGGAAAACCUAAAGAUUCACAAGAGGACUCACACAGGUGAGAAGCCUUUCAAAUGCGAGUUUGACGGCUGCGACCGAAAAUUCGCCAACAGCAGUGACAGGAAGAAGCAUUCCCACGUGCACACCAGCGACAAGCCGUACUACUGCAAAGUGCGCGGUUGUGACAAGUCCUACACGCACCCGAGCUCAUUGCGCAAACACAUGAAGGUGCACUGCAAGUCUCCUCCGCCCCCUUCCUCCAGCUCGGCCGCCGGGUACCAUCCCUCCUCUGCGGCGCUCGGUGACGCGCUCGCGCCCACCACAGAACCGCAACGGAGCCGCGCCGCCAACCUCUCCCCACAGGUCACCAACCUCAACGAGUGGUACGUAUGCCAGGGCAGUGCUGUUCCCAACAAUCUCCACACCCCUUCCAGCGACGUGCCAACCUCCGAAUCCGACGACGAGGACUCUUUUAGACAUUCAGACCCAAGGACGAUGCUCUGAUAUGAAGCACAAGGGAUAUAUUUAUGUUGCAUCCCUCCCACACACUGUUUUUAUACAUCUGUAACAUCAUGUGUUUGAGGCUCAGUAGUGUACUCAGAAGUGUUGGCGAAACGCACACACACACACACACACACACACACACACACACACGCACACACACACACACACACACACAACAGCGCCGCGGAUGUCAGAUGGUGAAGAGCAUGUGCCAUCGGUCCAUACCCUACCCUACCCUACCCUACCCUACCCUACCCUACCCUACCCUACCCUACCCUACAGUUGCGCAUAACACCUUCAUGUACCACUCGACCCUAUUACAUACUGAGCAACGCAUUCAUAACUUCGAAUAAGUAUGCUUGACAGCUGUUUUUAACUAAAUUAUUUUAUUUAAUUACAUACAAGGGGUGCAUAUCAUUAAAAAAAAAGACACAGGAUCAUUUUACACCCAUUUACACCAAUUUUGGACCAAGAUAUUUCCUGCAUUGCCGAAAGGACUGUGUGGGCUUAGCUGAUUAAGUCAUAUCCAGCCUAUUAAGUGACACCGACAUUGUUCAAAUGAAACAAUAACCGGUGAUUGAUGUGUUUGUAUCAAUGAGUGGACAGUUUUCUAUAGCUUAUGUUUCUCCCCAGAGGUCUUUUAUAGUGACGGACUGAUGAAUAUCUGUGGGGCGAUUGUCCUUCGCCACGUGUUUCUAUAAUGUAAACAUUCCCGAUGUUUUUUGCAAUGAGAAACAUGUUCAAACAGGCAUAUCUAUCACUUCUAUUAUGUCAGUACACUCUUAGGGGGGAAAAGGCAUUAAACUGGACGUUUCUUUGUCGCUGGGGUGGUACAGCUUAUCUUCUGUACAUUUAAUGUGCAUCUUUUACCUGGAAAUGUGCAUAUAGUAUUUUAUGUAGCAAAAAAAAAAAAAUGUACUGAAGGUACAUAAUUGGACCUUAAUUACCUUUUAGAGUAAAGGUAUACUAGGCUCCAUGUACCUUUCAAGGGUAAAGAUUAAAGCUUGCAUAACACACUAAAGGUACAAAAGAUGUACCCAUGGGGUACCAUCACAGCAACCAGCACCCUUUUUUUCCCCUGAGAGUGUGUUGAGGGAAAACUGUUUAUUCUAGAAAUUGUUGAGAGCUUGUUUUAAAAUUUAUACUGUGGUCGGGAUAUUUUUUUUGUGGUAUUUAAGGACUGUAUUUUAUGCAAAAAAUCCAAUGUAACUCUGAUUUAAGAGUAUGACUAUGUCCUCUGAGACCCUAAAUUAUGUAAAGUGGACGGGCCUAUUCCAUGACGGAUGUGUAAAAAGCCUAAUAGUGUCGAUGCUUGUGAAUGUUGUGCGAACGUCCCAACCAGUUUUGUACAUUGUAAUUUAUUUGCUGGUAAUGUUUGGUCUGGAUUUACAGAUACACCAAAGAAAACAUAUGAUUAAUUUUGGUGAAAUGUAGUGAUUUUUUAUGGUGUUGUGAAAAACAAAGGUUUUACUUGAAUAGAUUUAGCCUAUGUGUAAUGUGAAGAGUCCCUCGCAUGCCCUGUGUAGUAACUGUGUGUUUUUAUUGCGGUGCAUGGUGCUGUUAAUUGUGCUGGGGAAAGAGUGAAGAGGAUUGUCGAGAUUUUUGGUGUU